CCGUGGAGGAAUGGAGAACAGGUGUGAGGUUGGGCCCACCGGGGAACUCUCUCUCUUCACCGACCAAUUAGGAGACCCCAUUUGCCGGGUCCGCCAUUCCCCUGCUUAUCUCAUGCUGGUGGCGGAGAUGGUGGUGGUGGGCGGCGGAGAAGAUAAGGAGAGGAGAGAGAUAGUGGGGAUAAUAAGGGGGUGCGUAAAAACCGUUACGUGCGGAACGAAACUCUCCAGAAAUAGCAAAAACUGCCCCUUUAAACUACCUAUUUACACUAAAGUCGCCUAUAUUUUAGGCCUUCGUGUUUCUCCUUCUCAUCGGAGAAUGGGAAUUGGGAUGAAGCUGGUGCGUGGGAUGGAGAAAUGGUGUGGAGAAAAUGGCGCCGAGUAUUCAUACAUGGCUACUGAAAACGACAACCUAGCUUCCGUCGAACUCUUCACUCACAAAUGCGGCUACUCCAAGUUCCGUACUCCGUCCAUUCUGGUUCAGCCCGUUUUCGAGCACCGGGUCAAGUCCGACAAGCGGGUCGCCGUCAUCAAACUCGCCGCCGCCGACGCGGAGGCCCUCUACCGCCGCCGCUUCUCCGCCACGGAGUUCUUCCCCCGCGACAUCGACGCCGUGCUGAAAAACAAGCUGAACCUGGGCACUUUCCUCGCCGUGCCGAAGGGGUCACCCUACGCCGCCGCCGCCGGGUCGUGGCCGGGCGCGGACGAGUUUCUGGCGAGUCAGCCCGAGUCGUGGGCCGUGCUCAGCGUGUGGAACAGCAAGGACGUGUACACGCUCGAGGUCCGCGGCGCGUCGCGCGUGAGGAGGGCCCUGGCGAGGACCACGCGCGCGGUGGACCGGGCACUGCCGUGGCUCCGCCUGCCGUCGGUGCCGGAGGUUUUCCGGCCGUUCGGGUUCCACUUCCUGUACGGGAUAGGCGGUGAAGGGCCGAAGGCGGCGAGGAUGGUGAGGUCACUGUGUGGGGUGGCGCACAACCUAGCGAAGGAGCACGGUUGCGGAGUGGUGGCGGCGGAGGUGGCGGGGCGAGACCCGCUGAGGUUAGGGAUCCCACACUGGGAGAGGCUAUCGUGCGCGGAGGAUCUGUGGUGCAUUAAGCGGUUAGGGGAAGAGUACAGUGACGGGUGUGUGGGUGACUGGACAAAGUCGCCACCUGGCCUCUCUAUUUUUGUUGAUCCCAGAGAGUUCUAACUUUUACUACCUUGUUUUUAGGUUUCAUAAGGAAUCUAUUUUUAGAAAAUAAAAAAAAAAAGGAAAUUAAAUGGAGUAAUAACUUUUGUUGUUUAGUAGUUAAUAUAUAUAUAUAUA